GGGGUAUCACACGAUCAAUACAGAGAUAAACGAUGGAGGCCGUGAAGGAAGUACUUUGCAUGAACAACGGAGAAGGAGAAAAUAGCUAUGUUAAAGCUGCAACAAUGACGAUAAAAGUGAUGGCCAUAACCAAGCCGAUAGUUCAGAAAGCUGUUCAAUCUCUCUUCACGGAAACUGAUCAUUCAAUCCCACUUCAAGUUGUUAACGUAGCUGACCUGGGGUGUGCUGUAGGUCCCCAACCUCUUGAAUUCAUAUCAACAGUGAUAGAGAGCAUAGUGAAAAAAUCCAGAGAAAUGGGACGCGAAAUGCCAGAAAUCCAGUUUCACUUGAAUGAUUUAGUCGGAAACGAUUUCAACACACUGUUCAAAGGGUUAUCUGUGGUUCAAGAAAAAUAUAAGAAGGUUUCAUGGUUUGCUAUGGGCGCUCCUGGUUCCUUCCAUGGUCAGCUUUUCCCUCGGAACUCCAUGCAUCUUGUACAUGCGUGUUAUAGCGUACAUUGGCUCUCAAAGGCACCAAAAAUCACAAACGAAGCAGGGUUACCAUUAAACAAGGGGAAGAUCUAUAUGUCUAAAACCAGCCCUCCUGCGGUGACGAAGGCAUAUCUUUCUCAGUUCCAAGAAGACUUCUCUUCUCUCUUGAAAUUCCGCUCUCAAGAGCUGGCACCUAAUGGCCGUGCGGUCUUGAUUUUCAAUGGACGUCAAACUGCAAAUCCCACAGACAAAGAUACCUGCUACCCAUGGGAUCUUCUUGCUGAGGCCUUAUCCUACCUGGUAUCACAGGGACUGGUUGAUGAAGGAAAAUUAGAUUCCUUCAAUGUACCCUACUACAAUCCCUCCCAAGAAGAAAUUAAGUACUUGGUAGACAAGGAAGGUUCUUUGACAAUCGAGUUCAUAGACACAAUUGAACUGGAGAUUGGGGGUCCAAAUGGAUGGAUGAACCCAGAAUCAAGAAUCAAAUGCUACAGAUGCUUUACGGAGCCCAUUUUGUCACACCAAUUCGGGGAAGAGGUGGUGGACAAGCUAUAUGAUAAGGCCGAAGAAAUUCUAGCUGAGGAUUACAAGCAUGGAAAAGAAGCAACCAAGAACAUUGGCCUUGCUGUUGUACUGAAAAAGAAACUUGUGCAUUCCUCUUAUGGGAUACAUUGGCUCUCCAAGGCACCAAAAAUCACAAGCGAAAGAGGGUUACCACUAAACAAAGGGAGUAUCCACAUAUCAGCAACCAGCCCUCUUGCAGUCAGAAAGGCAUACCUUUCUCAAUUUCAAGAAGAUUUCCUUCUCUUCUUGAAAUGUCGAUCACCAGAGAUGGUACCUAACGGACGCAUCCUCUUCACAAUUAAUGGAAGGAAAUCUGGGGAUCCCAUAGGCAAAGAAAGCCUGUACCACUUUGAACUCCUAUCCAGGGCCAUAUCUUACAUGGUUUCAAAGGGAUUGAUUGAUGAAGACAAAUUAGAUUCCUUCAAUGCACCAACCUUCACCCCAUCCCAAAAAGAAGUUGAGGAUUUAGUGGAAAAAGAGGGUUCUUUCACUGUUGAGUUCAUAGACACAGUCAAAGUGGAGAUUGGGGAUGCAUGGGCGAGUGCAGAACCGAGAGCUAAAAACGUGAGAGCAUUUUCUGAGCCAUGGAUCUCACACCAGUUUGGAGAGGAAAUAAUGGACGAGUUAUAUGAUAGGGUGACACAAGUUCUCGUUGAAGAUUACAAGUUGGGAAAACAAACAACCACGGUUGUCAAUAUUGUUGCUGUGCUGAAAAAGAAAGACAUCUGACCCUGAUACUUGUGUCAUUCAGGGAAUUUGAUAGUAAUAUUAAUUUGCUAAGGAAUAAGGUGAACAUGCCAAUUGAGCUUCGCUUGAUUACAUCUUUUGGUCAGGCAAAGCACAUGUAUUGACCUAUGAUGUUAUUAUGUUCAUGGUUAUAAAUCAUGGAUUGUAAGCUCAAAUUGAGAUGUGUUCAAAUACAGGUCGCACUGGCUUGUGAACUAUGUUGA